AUGGACUUCGCCAAUUUGUCUUCUAUGGUUCUUAGCGUUGUGUUACCUAUUUUCAAUGGCAUUUAUUCGUCCAUUCAUGAUUCCAAAAAAAAGUGCAAAAUGCCCAUCAGCUCUAGAAAAUCAGGAUAUUGAUUUGAUAGAGUAA